AGUCCUUAAUUAUUCAUCAUUUCCGUGAUCAUGAUUCUCAAUCAACAAACAAACACAAUUGAAAAAAGUAACAACCAAAUCUACAGCUAGGUGAGUUAGAAUGUUGAAGAAAACAAUUCAUACGUUGGAACAAAAAUUCACAUCAUCAUCAUCAAGAACAUGUGAUGUUCAUAUGAAAUGGAACAACUUAUUUAGGAAUUGGGUCAGAAACCUUAGUAGUAACACACAAAAUGACACAACAACCUCGUACUCUGUCCCAAGGGAGAAAGUUGAUUGUAUAGUGAUAGGAGCUGGUGUGGUUGGAAUAGCAGUUGCAAGAGCACUAGCACUCAAGGGUAGAGAGGUAAUUGUCAUUGAAUCAGCACCUAGUUUUGGUAAUGGAACUAGUUCAAGAAACAGUGAAGUUGUUCAUGCUGGAAUUUAUUAUCCUCGUCAUUCUUUUAAGGCAACUUUUUGUGUAAGAGGAAGAGAAAUGUUAUACAAGUAUUGCUCAGAGCAUGAUAUUCCACAUGAACAAACUGGUAAGCUUAUAGUAGCUACUCGAUCCUCUGAGAUUCCAAAGCUAAAUGAUAUUUUGAAUCGUGGUAUUCAGAAUGGAGUUGAUGGUUUGAAGAUGAUGGAAGGUGUUGAUGCCAUGAAAAUGGAACCUGAAUUGCAAUGUGUGAAAGCAAUACUAUCAUCUCUAUCAGGAAUUGUCGAUUCGCAUUCUUUAAUGCUUUCUUUAGUGGGGGAAGCUGAAAAUAACAGAACAAUAUUCACAUAUAAUUCAACUGUCAUUGGUGGUCAUAUAGACGGAAAUGAGAUUAGUCUCCAUAUAUCAGAAACCAAGAGUCUUAAAGAAUGGAAUGGAACAUCAAUUUUGCAACCAGAACUAGUACUUGUUCCUAAACUUGUAGUAAACUCUGCAGGUCUAAGUGCACCUGCCCUUGCAAAAAGAUUUACCGGCCUACAAAAUAGAGUUGUUCCUCCAGCGUAUUAUGCGCGCGGUUGCUACUUCACAUUGUCGAAUACUAAAGCUGCUCCAUUCAAACAUUUGAUAUAUCCUAUACCGGAAGAUGGUGGACUUGGAGUGCAUGUUACUUUAGACUUGAACGGUCAGGUUAAGUUUGGUCCGGAUGUUGAAUGGAUUGAUGGUGUUGAUGAUAUCUCAAGCUUUCAAAAUGAGUUUGACUAUUCGGUAAAUGCAAAUCGCGCUGAGAAGUUUUAUCCAGAGAUAAGAAAGUACUACCCGAAUCUAAAAGAUGGAUCUUUGGAACCAGGAUAUUCGGGGAUACGGCCAAAACUUUCUGGACCCUAUCAGUCACCUGUUGAUUUUGUAAUACAGGGAGAGGACAUUCAUGGGGUAUCUGGUCUUAUUAAUCUUUUUGGAAUUGAGUCACCUGGUUUAACAUCAAGCUUGGCAAUUGCAGAUUUUAUUUCUACUAAAUUUUUGUGAUGAUCUAUAGGUAUGAAGCAUGGAACUUGUAGAUACUUGACUUCACCAAAAGAUUUUUUUUGUCAAGUAUUAGGCUAAAAAUUUCGCAUUUAAAACGAAUAAGUGAGAUGUUUGGGAUUUGAACAACGACCCCUACAUACAUAAAUAUAAUGUAGUAUCUGCCAACUGAGCUAAACUCACGGGACAAGACAUAUUGUUAUUGCACACAAAAAUGUCUUCAAUUGUAAGCUAAAAUGUAGUAUGAGAUUAUAUAAACCAUAACAAUAAUACAUAAAUAUAAUGUAGUAUCUGCCAACUGAGCUAAACUCACGGGACAAGACAUAUUGUUAUUGCACACAAAAAUGUCUUCAAUUGUAAGCUAAAAUGUAGUAUGAGAUUAUAUAAACCAUAACAAUAAUGCAAUUUAGGAUAUUUAACAUGUGUUUA